CUUUUAGUGGUCGCGAACUAGCAGUCGCCAAAUUCAGCUCAGCUCGCCGCUAUUUUUGAUGCUCAACUUCAAAGUCUACUUAGACAAAAGGUCUCCUGUCUUGUCAGCUAACAAAACCUUCCAAAAUGAGCAAGAAACGAGUUCGAAUAAGAGAAGCUAGUGGAGAAAUUGUAGAACCGGCUAGAGUGACGGAAUCUCGGGAACGAGAACAGAGGAUGAAAGAACGGGCUGCUUAUUCCGUCGAUCUUGGUCUCUCCAUCCUCCUCUACGUGACCCCAUUGGUUCAUCUCAUAGCCUGCCCUUACACCAAGGUAGAAGAGAGUUUCAACUUACAGGGGACACAUGAUAUCUUAUUUCAUCGCUCCAACAUAAGUGCUUAUGAUCAUUUAGAAUUUCCUGGGGUUGUACCAAGGUCCUUUCUUGGACCUCUCUUCAUCAGCUUCUUAUCUUCACCGUUUGUGGUACUCUGCAGCCUCCUGCAUCUUGGUGCUACAAAAUUGAGUGCACAAUAUAUUGUGCGUGCCAUGCUUGCUGUGAUAGUCGUAUCAUCAUUCAACUCCUUCCGUUCAAGCGUUGCUGAUAUCUUUGGGCGGGAUGUCUCAAGAUACCUUGUUCUUCUCACAUUGUCACAGAGUCACUUCUUGUUUUAUGCGUCUCGUCCACUACCUAACAUAUUUGCACUUGCGAUUGCUCUGCGUGCCAUCAGUGGCUGGAUGCGUCGGGAUCAUGUAGCCUUCAUUCUCUACACUGCCUUUGCAAUCAUUGUCUUCCGCUCUGAGCUUUGUAUGCUGAUGGGACUGAUGCUCCUGAUGGAACUCCUGUCCAAGAGACUAGCAGUACCUCAGGUCAUCUUCUGGGGAGCUCUGGGAGGUAUUCUCAGCCUUGGGGCGACAGUGUUGGUGGACUCCAUAUUCUGGCAGCGAUGGCUAUGGCCAGAAGGUGUGGUCUUCUGGUAUAACACAAUCCUUAAUAAGAGCAGUAACUGGGGUACCAUGCCGUUCCUGUGGUACUUCUACUCGGCCAUCCCAAGGGGUUUAUGGACCAGUGUGGUGCUGGUACCUCUUGGCUGUUUCUUAGACAGGAGGAUACCAUGGUUUCUACUACCCUCAUUGGGUUUUGUCUUCCUCUAUUCCUUUCUUCCUCACAAGGAGCUUCGCUUCAUCAUCUAUGUACUGCCUAUGCUCAAUGUCAGUGCUGCAACCACCAUUGCAAACAUAUUUCGAAAUGUCCAGAAGUCUAGUGUCAUGAAGUUGCUUGCCGUAGGAGUAUUAGGUCACUUCGCAGUUAACAUUGUAGCAACAGCAUCAAUGUUAGUAGUAUCCCAUUAUAAUUACCCAGGGGGUGAUGUCAUGCAUCAGAUACAUCAACUUGUUCCUCCUAAUGCUGAUAAUGUACACAUUCACAUCGAUGUAGCCACAGCACAAACUGGUGUUUCAAGAUUUACACAGAUCAACUCAAAAUGGAGGUAUGACAAGACAGAAGCCCUUUCCCCUGGGGGACCAGAAAUGAUGCAGUUCUCUCACCUCUGUAUAGGAGCCCCAUCAGAAAAGAGCCCAAGUCUGGCUUGGUACAAACAAACCCACCGUGUUCUGACCUUUGCCGAGGGAUACGCCGGCAUUCAACGACCUUCCACCUUGAGAGAGCUUGUGAUUAAGCCACCAACACUCAUCCUUGAACCUCAGAUCUUCAUCUUAGAGAGGAGAGGAUGGUAUCCCGUCGGUGAGGAGGACUGAGUGAGGUGGCAGCAAACAAAGAUCUUCUCAUUGAUAUAAUAAAUGACAAUUAGGCCUUUACACUGUGCGGUGCUAUUGCAGUUUAGUAAGUGAAAAUUACAGAGUGGUUCAAAGUCCUGUAAGUGCUUUUGUAGUUUUGCGUUGUAUGAGUGAUGUUUUGUGAUUGGUGCUUGAAUAAUUUUAUUGCUGUAGAAGGGUAUCUAUCAGAUAGUAAGAAAUCUGACUUUUUUGAAUUAGAAAUCAAAUUGCUUUUGCAUUCCUUAAUUGCAUAUUGGGUAACUUUUUUGUUUUAUUUCCUGAUUUCUUGUGCCCGUACAGAGUCAUAUUUUAAAGUGCUACAAAAACUAAAACAGUACAAUAGCUAUGAAGCUAAAUAUGAUUGGAUACUCAGCAUAUGGAAAGAAUUUUCAUUUGUGUACCAUCAUGCCAUGAAUAGGAGAAAUUGAUUUGGUGAUUAAUGUCACCAGCAAAAUGUUGUGUUAUUACAUGAAUGUGUAAAAUAAAAGUACAGUACUUCUACAAUUAAUAUCAUUUGUUUUUUCAAAUUCUUGAAAGAAAAAAAGUUUUUAACCAUGGAUCAAUAAAAAUAUAUUAUUUAAUGUUUUUUUUUUCCCUGUAUAAUUUUGCCCAUUGAUAUUGUGCAAUAACUUUUUUUUUCUUUACCCUCUGAUCAUGUAUUGUUAUGGUGUUUGCAACCAUAGUGCCAAUUGAUAAGAAUUAAGUAUUGUAUCUAUCCUGUACCUGAUACUAAUGCUAUUGUCUCAUUAGGAUGAGAUUAGAAUCAUGAGAUAAAGAUAAUUCAUCUUAUUUUGUUUGAUAGUAUUUAUAUCAUUUCAUCAAAGGGGUCCAUUCACCGAAAAGUAAUGUGUUUGUCGUUAAAAGAUCGAAAAUAUAUGGAACAUUUAAAGAUUAACAAUUGAUUUAUGCCAGUGUGUAUACUGGUCUCCUAAUAAGAAACUCUUGCCUGUAUUUAUGUGCAGUUUCAGUAUUUAAAAUUGUAGAAUCUCAUUAAUGAAUUAAUAUUCAAAGCUGAUAUUUUGAAUAUAGGAUAUGAGGAUAGAGCCCCAAACAUACAGAACAUAAGCAGCUUUGUUUUGAGGGUCCCCUUGUAAAGCAAAAAAGUACAUUGACAUUAGGUUACAACUUUUACGUUAUGUCAGAAUCCUUUAUUUAAAUUAUUGUCAAUUUGUCCUAAACAGUUCUACUGGAAGAUUAUUCUUUAAACUGAAAAUUGAUUCUCUGUGACACUAUACAAUGAAUUUAUGAAGUUUUUUUCGUUUUAUUUUUCAUAAUUUUUUACAAUUUUUUAGUUAACAUUCCUUUCUUUGGGUGCUUGAGUUCAUUGUUUAAAUUUUGUUUGAGAAUGUAAAUUUUCAAAGUAUAUGAGUAAAUGACCAUUAUUAUAUUAUUGUAAGUAUACUGUGUAUUAACAUUUAAUUUUGCUUGUAAAUGCUUGCCAUGUCUCUUUGACAAAUGCUAUCAAUUAUGUGUAGUUCCUGUUUUUACUAAUUCUGUUUCUAAGGUCUUGUGUUGGAAGAAACGGCUGAUCAUGUCAAAGCUCUUGAUAUUUAAAGAAUGAAAUAAUAAUGCUUCUGAUGAUCAAAUGGUCAGUAUUCAUAAAAGCUAAUACUGUAAAAACCCAAAACUUGUGCAAAUAUGAGUGUUUGAGAGCAGGUGUCAGUACAUAAUAAUCAUAAAAGUUUCAUGUCAGGAAAUUUGAUCAUUUGACAUUAAUUUUAGUCAAGAUAUUAACUCACACUGCAAAUGAGUCAAGUAAUUUAACUGAUGUAUGGAGCCCCACAUAGUGUUAAUUUCUUAAUCAUGAAUGAUAAUUUAUCAAAUAUUUAAUAAACCUGGAACUAAAUAAUUACAAAAAUAUGAAGUUGAGAAGGGGCACACAUCCAAAGAUCUUUGAUCAAAAUCUGAUGACACUGAAAAUUGUUUAUUUUGUGAGUUGCCAACAGACUAUGGCAAGUCUCAUCAGAUGACUGGCAGUGAAGACUACUACAUGUAGAAUCAUUAUCUUUGCUAUCACAAAAAAUGUUUGCCAUUAAAAAAGCUACCGGUACAUGUAUCUCUGUUCUGAAUGAAAUCUUGAGUUUGAGAAAGGACGUUGUGAGAAGCAUUAGGAUCAGUAGAUUUUUAAGCAUAAGUACAUUUAUAAUGUAUGCAUUGUUAAGCACAAACCUGUACUAACAUAUUGCACUGAUACAAAGUAACACCAAGUCAACACUCAAGUUAUCACUCAGAGUUUGCUUCCUUGCCAGUUUUGCCUUCCAAUUUGUUAUAUAAUUUUAUUAAGAACAUUUCCCAUCUUUGGUUUGCAAAAUCAUGUACUACUAAUUUACCUGCUUUGAUUUUGAAGUGUCGUUCAAUGCAGUUGUGAAAUUAUAUAUGUUUGCCUAUAGUACAGUAUGAAGCUAAUGUCAUGUCUUGUGUAAUUAUGUGAUCAAUAACAAAAUAAUGUAUUAAAUUAUUUAGGACAGAAA